UAACUUUAUGCAUGAAGUACUUUAAAUGGCAUUCAAACUUUGUGAAAUUAAGUGUAGCCCAUAACAUUCAGGUCAUCCACUGAGUAAUGGCUGAUAACAUGACACCGACAGAUUAUAGAAAGAUUAAUGCUUCCCUGUAUGAUGCUCUGUCUGAAGGAGAUGAUAACAAGGUGUGUCAUAUAUGCAAAACCUUGCCAGAUGGCCCUCUGCGCAAGCUAACCAUACAUGAUGACACUGUUCUCCACAUCGCCAGUUACCACAAGCGUAAUAAGCUUGUUCUUCAACUACUCGGAAUGCUACCUGAAGACCAACCCAACAUACUCACUGUAAAAAAUGAAGCCGGAAAGACCAUUCUUCAUUCCACAGCCACCAACAAUGACACAGUCGAGGCUGCUGUUGAGAUGCUGCGCCGGGCUCCCUCUUUGCUCGCCAUGACCGAUAACCUCGGAGAGACGCCUCUUUUCCGUGCUGCCCGUUAUGGCAAGUCCAAGAUUUUCUAUUUUCUCCAAGCGGAAAUGAACAGGAGGUUUCCAGCAAAGGCUACAGACUUGAUGGAUUUUCUUCAAAGGAAUAAUAAGGCAACUAUACUUCACGUUGCAAUUCAUAGUGAGAACUUCCCUUUGGCUCUUGAUAUUGCUAAAACUUAUCCAAGGUUGAUCGGUGAAGAAGAUGGAGACGGGAUGACUGCUCUUCAACUUCUUGCCUGCAAACCGUCAGUAUUCAACAAUGGAUUUGAAGCGAAUUUCUUCAAGCGUUUUAUAUGUAAGAUCAUUUAUUUGAUCAAUCCGAAAGAAAGAGCCAGUAGAGUGCCUAUCUUGAAAAAAUUUAAGAAACAAAAGCUCAAAAGUGAAUCCGCAAAGGAACUUGCAACCCUAUUGAUCGAAAAUGAUACCUCAUGGGAAGAAUCAGAACCCAUGCCAAAUCAGAACAGAACGAAGCUCCACAAAUAUGGAGGAGAUAUUAUGCCUUCACAAAACCAUUCUCUAGAGAUUAUCAUCGCUCCCACCCCCGACUCUCCAUUGAUUUUAGCCACAAAAUCGGGAUGUACAGAGAUUGUAAAGAAAAUACUGCAAAUGUACCCUCAGGCGGUUGAGCAUAUUGAUAAGGACGGGCGUGACAUUUUGCAUGUGGCAAUUCAAUAUCGAAGAAAGGAGAUCUAUAAUCUUGUGGUCAAUAUGAAGUAUUCCUUGAGGAGGCUAAGAGGGAAGAUUGACAAACAAGGCAACUCGAUAAUGCACAUGGUAGGCAUCAAAGUUAAAGAUCCGAAAGCUGAACAGGACAACAGAAGCCCUGCUUUCGUACUACGAGAUGAUUUACUUCUAUUCUCGAGAGUGAAAGAUAUUUGUACCAUCCAAGCAACCUUGCAGGUGAAUGAGGGGGGUGUGACUGCAGAACAACUAUUCAUUGAGAGCAACGCACGACUUCAAGUUGAUGCCAAAGAAUGGAUGAAAAGCACAGCUGAACAUUGCUCCAUUGUUGCUGUGCUAAUUGCCACAGUUGCCUUUGCUGCAGCUUACACAGUACCUGGAGGCCCAAAUCAAAACACGGGCUAUCCACUUCUCAAGAGCAAACCGUUUUUUAUAGUCUUUGCGCUAGCUGAUGCACUUUCACUCGCAUGUUCUUUGACAUCAGUUAUCAUAUUUCUUUCAAUCCUCACAUCUUCCUUUCGGUUAAAUGACUUCCAGCACUCACUUCAUAAUAAACUAUUCAUAGGCCUCACAGUGUUGAUACUCUCUGUGUCAAUGAUGAUGAUAGCUUUUGCAGCCACGCUUAUCCUAACCAUUAGUAGUGAGCAGGGACAUUGGAAAAACAUUAUGUUGUACAUGAUUUCCUUCUUCCCAGUCACUGUGUUUGUGUGCUCAUACAUACAUCUUUAUAAAUUGCUCAUUGAAGCAUUUUUGAGAAGACUAAAGAAGGCUAUAGCUGCAAUACUGCCUACCCCUGAUGUGGACUCACCCCAAGCAAUGCACCACCACAUACAGCCCUCUCAAGCUACAAAUACCAGUUCUUUUGUUUGAUUCUUAAUUAAUUAAUUGGUUGUUCUUCUUUGAAUAUCCUAGCUCUUGAAUGCUUACUUCAUUAUCCCUUUUAAAUAACAAGACGCUCUAUCAUAUGUCAAUAAAUGUGUAUUAUAUAUGUUUAUUGUUGUUUUAUUCU